AAUUAGAAGCGUAUGCUAUUCUUUUGGCUGUUCGUCAUUAUAAAGUUUAUUUAUAUGGUCGUAAAUUUCAAAUUCUAUCAGAUUGCAAAUCUUUAAAUUAUAUAAUAAAAUUAGAUUCUCCAGCUAGCCGUUUAUCAAGAUGGUUAUUGGAACUGUCAAACUACGACUUUUAUUUUCAGCAUAUUAAAGGAUCUGAAAACUUUUUAGGAGAUCUUUUAUCACGUGAUAUUAACGAAAAUAUUAAUGUUGUCAAAGCAGAUAUACCGGACAUUGAAACUAUUAAAAACUCACAAAGAAAUGAUCCUAAGUUAAGCGAAAUCAUAAAUAUUUUGGAAGGUAGAAACACCACUUUAAAAAUAAACACUGAAAAUUAUUUUCUAGAUAAUGGGUUAUUAAAGCAUUUCUCUCAUAGAAAUAAACGCGCCGCUCGUGAUGAGUGUUUUGAACAAAUAGUUAUUCCUAAAGAUUUAAUACCUUAUAUUUUAGAAGGAUCCGAAACGGUCCACUUCACAUUCUUUAAAAACUACCGCGCAAUUAAGGAAAAAUAUUUUUGGCCCAAUAUGUACAUUGACAUAAAGAAUUUUUCAAAUUCAUGAAAAUUAUGUAUAGAGAAAAAAGGUUUUCCUUUGACUAAAUCUCCGUUGCAGAACUUUGAAACUCCAUCUUAUCCUAUGGAAUUGAUUAGUUUAGAUAUUUUAGGACCACUACCUCUAUCGGAACAGGGAAAUAAAUACGUUUUGACGGUUAUUGACCAUUUCACAAAAUUUAGUGUAUUAUUUGCUUUAAAAGAUAUGACCGCUGGGACUUAAACUAAUAGAUUAAUUGAGGUUAUACUUACGUACGGGGUGCCUAAUGCGAUUCUCACUGAUUUAGGAACAAAUUUUCAAAGUCAAUUAUUUAGCAUUUUAGCAAAGAAAUUGCAAAUUAAUAAAUUAAAGACGACACCAUUCCACGCUCAAACAAAUGGAGUCUCAGAAAGAAUUAAUAAAAGCAUUAAAAAUAGCCUCACUUGUUUAGCAGACAAAGCAUCAAAUUGGGAUACAUAUCUCCAGUACUACAACUUUAUUUAUAACAACUCUUACCAUGACACAACUCUAGAAAAGCCAUCUUAUCUUAUGUUUAAUCGCGAUCUGAAUUUACCUUUUCGUAUAUUAGACCAAGAACCUAAAAUUCAUUAUUUUCCAUGCGACAACCUUCUUGAAGAAAACAUGAGAAAGAUGCAACUGGUGUAUCGUCAAGUGUAUCAAAAUUUAGAGAGAGCUGCUGAAAAACAAAAACGCAUUCGAGACAGACACGCUCACCUUAAAACUUAUCAUUUAGGUCAAAAAGUAUAUUUAUAUACACCAACAUCGAAUCAAUUAACAGGUAGAGCAUUUGCUAAAAAAUUUUCAGGACCUUACAGAAUUAUUGAAAAACAUUCUGAUCUAAAUUAUACAAUUCAAGAUGUAAACAAACCAUAUAAGAAACCAACUAAGGUACACACUGAUAGAAUUUUUUCAUGUACACAACGCAGACCAGAUUUAGAAAUUCCUCAAAUGACCACUACGAAUGUACCGAACGCCACUAUUUCUUCUCAGACACAUGUAUUAAAAAUAAAUGACGAAAAGUGUAAGGAUGCUUCAUUUCCUUAUGAUAUGGAAGAUGAUGGGGAUGAUUAUAUUCCAUAUACAAUAUACCGUCCAAAAAAGUCAUUAUCACACAA